GUUGUCGUGGGCACCAUGUUGAACCCUCAUCGCCAGUCGGUGCUGACCAAUGCCUGUAUCAAGCCCUCCGUGGAUCCCAUUACUCGGACCCCCGGUACCAUUUAUGAACCAAAAGGGCAGGUCCGACUUUUGGGUCUGCUUUCAGAAAAUACCCCGUCACAGCAGGAGGACUACCUGGAUGCUGGCGAUGGACUGCUCAUCUGUAUGAAACGUACUAAGAAAAAAGUCCUCCGCCCUCUCUUCAAGGGCUGCUGGGAACCCGAACAAACCGUCCCAGAUGUCAGUGAAGCCUCGGAUGCCGAGCCGGAUCAAGACGUAAAGAGGCAACUGGAGCCUGCCCCUCAGGAGCAGAGCAAUGAACCUCCUCCGCCUCCUUCCGAAAACCCCAAAAUGUCUUCUCGCCAAGGCUCCUUCCCCUUUCACUGGAUGUGGGAGAGCUUUUCCAUCAAGGGCCAGACCAUCUGCCAAGACCAGGAUUUGGAUAAGUCCAAGAAGCUGACCUUGCCACGCGCUUCGACCGCCCCGCCCCGGGAGCCCCCUUACAACCCUGACACGGUCUUGGGCUGCCCAGCUCCCAAAGAGGGCCCCUGCUUGGGGGUCCCCAAGUCUUCCAGAACUCCGGAGGUCCCCUGCAGCAGACCCCAGAGGUAUCUGCCCCACACGAGCUUGGUUCCUAGGAGCUCUCUCCUGCCUCUCUUCUGGAAGAUGGAGGCCCGGUCAGAAGCCCGGAAGCGGCAGAUGCGCCAGGAACGUCGCCGUUGGCUGAAUCUCACCCAGCAGCUCCUGAACCUGGAAGGGCAGCGUCUCUCACGGGAAAAGCUCCUCUCGCUGGAGGAGUUAGAAGAGAAACUUCGAGCGGAGAUGCUCUGCUUAGCCACGGAGCCCGAAGAGCCGGGCCCUCAAAAGGAGAAAAGGAAAGCCAAGACGCGUGGCCCCACGCCCAAGGAGGAGCUGAGCUUCAAGCCAGUCAUUAAUCAGAAGGUGCCCAACUUCAAGCAGCUGCAAAGGCGCUUCCAAGAACAGCUGGAGCAGAAGAAAGAGCAAGGAAAACUGACCAUCUGCAAGCCGUUCCACCUUCAUUCCAGUCACUCUCAGCCUCUUUCGGAAGACGAGGAAAAGAAAGACCAGGGAGAUUUAUUUCAAGACUUCCGGCGGCUUUGGGGGAUAUACUGGAGGGCCCAGUCUUGUCCCGAUUUUGAACCGUCCAUGGCUCCUCAGGUGAUGUCCACCAAGACAGCGGAUAAAAGACAGGAAGCCAACAGGUUGCUUUUGCUGGAGUGGGAACGUCGAGAGCAGCAGGAGAAACGCCGGGCUGAGCUGCGCAGAUUGAAGGCGCAACACAUGCAGCGGGAAGUCGCCAAAUGCCUGGCGACUUACCAGAAUAAAGGACGGUCCUCCGCGUCUGUCCAGAGAAGGCGGGAAGAACUCAGGAGGCAAGAGAAACAGCGCAUGGAGGAAUACAUGAUCCAGCUGCAGGAGAUCCAAGAUCGUGUGGAGAGCCGCCCGUAUCUGUUUGAGAGAGUUAUGCAGACAAAUGCCCGCCAGGCAGUGGAGCGGCGUUUCUCCAAAGUGUUGGCCGCCCUGGGCAUCGAUGAAGAAAUGCUGUGGAAGCAUGCUGCUCGGCAGUCUUUCGGCAAAUAUGGCGUCAAAGACAUGUAUCCGAGCACCGAGUCCGUAGAAGAGUUCCCCAAAUCAAUCUGA